UAGUGCUGUAAGAGUUUUCCAUCAGAUUGAUGAGAAAGAUUACAUAUCAUGGAAUUCGAUGCUCUCCUGCUACAUCCAACACGGUUUGUAUGUUGAGGCCAUUGAGUUUUUUUGGUGAAAUGCUUCAACAUGGUUUUCAGCCUGAUCAUUCCUGUGUUGUAAGCUUAUCCUCAGCAUUGGGACAUUUGGGUUGGCUAAACAAUGGCAGAGAGGUUCAUGCCUAUGCUAUAAAGCAUAGGCUUCAUACUGAUUUGCAGGUUGGGAAUACAUUGAUGGACAUGUACAUAAAGUGUGAUUCCAUAGAGUGUUGUGCAAAAGUAUUUGAAAGCAUGAGUAUUAGAGAUCACAUAUCUUGGACAACAAUCCUUGCUUGUUUUGCGCAGAGUUCUCAGCAUUUUGAAGCACUGGGAAUAUUCCGAGGAGUGCAGAAACAAGGGAUUAAGGUGGAUUCUAUGAUGAUUGGAAGCAUUUUAGAAGCAUGUAGUGGUUUGAAAAUCCUCUCUCUGCUAAAGCAAGUUCAUUCGUAUGCUAUUAGAAAUGGGUUGCUUGAUUUGAUACUGAAGAAUUGGCUGAUAGAUAUAUAUGGGCACUGCAGAGAGGUUCACCAUUCACUAAAUAUAUUUCAGACGGUAGAGAAAAAGGACAUUGUUACUUGGACUAGUAUGAUAAACUGUUGUGCAAAUAAUGGGCUGUUAAAUGAAGCUGUUUCCUUAUUUACUGAGAUGCAGAAAGCAAAUAUUGAACCUGAUUCUGUAGCACUAGUAAGUAUUUUGGUGGCUAUUGCUGGUUUGUCAUCAUUGACAAAAGGAAAACAGGUUCAUGGCUUUCUAAUCAGAAGGAACUUUCCUAUAGAAGGUCCGGUGGUUAGUUCCCUCGUGGACAUGUAUUCUGGUUGUGGAAACAUGAUCUAUGCUACCAAAGUAUUCUAUGGGGCUAAAUAUAAGGAUGUGGUUCUUUGGACACCAAUGAUUAACACUACUGGCAUGCAUGGACAUGGCAAGCAAGCCAUAGAUAUUUUUGAGAGAAUGCUACAGACUGGUCUGACUCCUGAUCAUGUUUGUUUCCUUGCUCUGCUGCAUGCUUGUAGUCAUUCAAAGCUUGUUGAUGAGGGUAAAUACUAUCUGGAUAUGAUGAUGAACAAGUACCAGGUAAAACCGUGGCAGGAGCACUAUGCCUGUGUGGUUGAUAUUCUUGGCCGCUCAGGCCAGACUGAGGAGGCUUACAGGUUCAUUGAGUCUAUGCCUAUGAAACCAACAUCUGUGGUGUGGUGUGCACUGCUUGGGGCAUGUCGUGUCCACAAAAACCAUGACCUUGCUGUGGUUGCAGCCAAUAAGCUUCUUGAGCUGGAACCUGACAACCCAGGCAACUAUAUUCUUGUAUCAAAUGUUUUUGCUGAGAUGGGAAAGUGGAAUGAUGUCAAUGAAGUUAGAACCAGGAUGGAAGAACUAGGGUUGAGAAAAGAUCCAGCUUGCAGUUGGAUUGAGAUAGGGAACAAUGUCCACACUUUCACAGCAAGAGAUCACUCUCAUAGAGACUCAGAGGCAAUCCAUCUCAAGCUUGCUGAGAUAACAGAAAAAAUGGGGAAAGAAGGUUACACAGAGGACACAAGGUUUGUCCUUCAUGAUGUGAGUGAAGAAAAGAUAGAUAUGUUGCAUAAACACAGCGAGAGGCUUGCAAUAGCAUUCAGCUUGAUCAGCACUCGUUCAGGUACGCCUCUAAGGAUAGCUAAGAACCUCAGGGUGUGUGGUGACUGCCACGAGUUCACCGAGCUGGUGUCCAAGCUGUUUGAAAGGGAUAUCGUGGUCCGAGAUGCCAACAGGUUCCACCAUUUCAGUGGAGGCUCUUGUUCUUGUGGAGACUUCUGGUGAACGUGAUUUAGGCCAUAGAACUAACUACAUAGGCAUCUUAUUGGCUGAGAGCUUACUCCAGACUUCUGGUCCUCUGAUAUUAUUAAUUUUGUCUGAUCUGAGGCAUUUGGGCUAAUGAAAUGACAGUACUAACUUUUCUGCGCUGAGGCAUUCGAGGCAUUUUUGAGAAUCUUCUUGAAUUAGUUGUUUGGUCAUCAACAUAUAAAAUGGAUAAGCUGCAAAGACUCAAAUGACAUGGAAAAUUGGAAACUCUGUAUUGUGUAUGUUCACAUGUUUGUCUAUUUCAGCCUGAGUGUUUCAGUAAUCUUAGAAAAAGGUAUAGAAGGACAAGGUGUCCUGUGAAUUGUCAAAAAUGUUUGCUUAAGAAUUUUUGGUUGAUAUGGGUACAGAAGGACAGGAUGUUCUGCGAAUUGUCAAGAAGUACCUGAUGCUGGGAUCUAGAGCAAUAUCUUAUCUCGCUUCUUUUGCAAACACGGCAAGCAUUAGAUUUGACUCCCAGUUCCUGCUUUUCACGGUUGAUGGUCUGUGGGAGCAUGUGGAGAAAAAUGGAAUUUUAAAAAGGAUUGUGCUGAUUAUUUCUUCCUCUUUACUAAGGUCUUUCUCGCUGGUACAAUUGACAUACAGCACUGAGGAGACGAAGCCAGCAGCUAAGUAAACAGGUGGAAGUCAACCAUCAAGGAACCAUUAGCUCUCGGAAAGGUAAAGAAAUUCAUCGACCAAAUUGACAGCUGGAGUCAACCAGAACCAUUAUAUUAGUUCUCAGAAAGCUCAAGAAUCUUUUUUUUUUCAUGGAGGAAUUUACACUGGUGUGGAAGGAGAUAUUUGUGUCAGUUCAGAUGGUGCCUUCAAAAUGCUCUGGAGAUCACACUCCAUUCAAGGACCUAAGCAACUCCAUCACAGCAACUACAACUACAUAAUUGUAGGCAACGGAAUGCAGCAGGACCUGAUGCUUUCACGUCUUGGCUCUUGGAUACAAUAGGAUACGUUAAUGGGUGCUGAUGGCUUGUGAAAAGACCAAGAGGGGAGAGAGAAAGGGGGAAGUGAGGAGAUAAAGGGGUGAAAGUGAUAUUUCAUGGACUUUAGUUCUAUCCAUUAGCCAUGUCUCCAAACGGGAGUGCUAAUGGGUAGAAGUGCUAACAGGAGUGCUAAUCUGGCAUUUCUGGCUGAGACAAAACCAUCUGGCAUUCUGGCUGAGACAAAAUCAUGUGAUCGGAGUGUACCAAGUUCUUUGUCAGAAUGAAUAAGUGCCAAAUUGCAGUUCUUUGGUGCAUUUGUAUAUGGAGCUUGAGUUCAUAGGUUACGCUGCAUUCCCAUAUUUUGUAAUUCAACUGAACCUGCAAUGACAGAUUUGGCUGGAAAAUGCUUAUGCGAAACAUGCUCUGAAUUCUGCCACCGUGAU